AUGGAGAUCCUGUGGUACGGCAAUUCAGUCAGCGUGCUGCAGCUUCUUGAUCCGUCUGCAAACGUUACAGUUUUGGCAAAAAGCAAGGAGGAAGCACUGGUGGUGGGUAGGAUUCGUUAUGGGGAUGCAUUUCCCAAGGUGUUCAACCUCGAAUGCUCUGAGGAAGGCGAAGCGACGAAGUUGCCGGAGCUGCAGAGCAGUAAGGCUGCAAUCGCGGCAUGCGUGCGGAACGAGACGGAUAUGGCAACAGUGAUUGACAUUGCUUCAAAGAUGGACAAGAUCUUCGCUGUUGUCAUUGCUGGUCCGAUGGUCCCGGAUGACAUUGCGCAUGGCGAGAUGACUGGCAAGACGUCUUUCAUUGCCAUGGUUCGCAAGGCCGACAGAGCUGAAAAGCUCCAGCAGCUGCUUGAGAAGUCAUCGAAGGAUCACGUCGGUUAUGAGAACUCCGUCUACAACCCUCAGCCGGGGAGUCCGUCUUCCACGUUAACCCCUGUCCUGCAGCAGCCGGGGGCCAAUGCAGGCAAGCGGCGCUUCAUUGAGGAUGCAUUGACCGAGUUGAGAAGGAAGUCCGGUCGAGGUGACAUCGACACCUUGAAGGGGGCCUUGAUGUCCACCACGCGGAAAUCCCAGGAGCAGUUCGAGCGGCAAGCCGAGUCACUCCACAAGGUCCGGGCGGAGGCGAGGAUUCCGGUUGCAUAUUGGCAGGUGGAUUCUGGUCUGCGUCACAUGCGAGACUUGGUCUCAUCAGAGCACAGGGCUCGAAUACAGGACGAGAAAAGGCUCUGCGAUGAGAUUGCAGAGGCGACGAAGCAGGCGAUGAGCACAACGAAGAGCGAGCUCCAGAGCUUACUCAGAAAGCAGGCCGAGGCCGUCGCUAUUGAUGUGGAGCGCGUCCGCCGCGUCAAUGCUGACCGAGCCGAUCGCCUCUCCCGCUAUGUGGAUGCUGCUCUCAAGGAUGCCGGGAUCCUGAAGCAGGGAGAUGGAGAUGCCCGGCUGGUCCGAGACCUCAAGGAGCAGCUGGCGGCAUUGCAGAAGGACGUCGCUCAACAGGCGCAAGCGUUUGAGCACAGAUCCGCGGAGCUUGCUGAGGAGCUACGAUCCAAGCUGCAGCGUGGAGCAGAGUCCCAGAAGGAGGAGGCCAAGCUGUUUCGCCGAGAAGCCGAGAAGGUCGCCCAAGACAGCGAGCGGAGAACCGUGGCACGGCAGGAUGAACUGGAGGGGCGGCUGGAGACCUAUGUCCGCCACUUCGACAACUCCAUCAAUGCUGUCCAGGCCGCCGUGCUUCGACCAUGGCGGGAGCCGGAUCCCGGCCUAGGUUCCCGCUACAGCUCGGGCACGCCUUCCCAG